AUGGCAGUGGAAAGUGAAGCAACUGAGUAUGACUCAAUCUUUGCCUUGAUGGCUCAAUCUGAUGACGAUGGAGAUAAAGACGACGAUGAGGAAACAAUUGAGAACCUGAAGAAAGAGAAUUAUGCCUUAGAUGAAAAAAAUGCACAUAUAGAACAUGAUAGAGAUGAUCUAAUAGUCGUUGUGGUAGACCUAAAAGAGACCUUUGAGUGUGUAAGAAAGGAAAAAGAAGUCUUAGUUGAGAGAGUUACUAACAUUGAGCAUGAGAGAGAUGACCUAUUAGUGGUGGUAGUGGACUUGAAGGAAACAAUUGGGGAACUUAAAAUAGAGAGUAGGCCUGAAAAUUCUCAAAAGAGAAAGGAAGUUGCAAGUGAGGGAACAAUGAAAGGAAGCAGCCUACAAUGGUAUAUGGAUAGUGGUUGCUCAAAGCAUAUGACUGAAAGUACAAAUGACUUCCUUUCACUUAAGGCCCUGCAAGGAGGGAGUGUAUCCUUUGGAAAUGACAAGAAAGGAUACAUUCUGGGAGUUGGAAGGAUUGGGAAGUCUCUCUCACACACAAUCGAAAAUGUGUACUACGUGAACGGGUUGAAGUAUAGCUUGCUAAGUGUUUCCCAGAUCUGUGAUAAGGGAAACAAGGUGGAAUUUGUGUCAAAAAUAUGUACAGUCACAAAUCUAGUGACUGGUGAGGUGGUGCUAGUGGCAAGAAGAUACAAAAAUAUCUAUGUUGCGGAUUUCGAGUCCCUGCAGAAUGGUGAUCUCAAUUGUCUAAGUGCUGUUGAUGAUGAUGCUGAAUUAUGGCAUAGGAGGCUGGGUCAUACAAGCUUCAUGUUGCUGAACAAAUUGGUCCGGAAGGACCUGGUUCGUGGUCUGCCCAAAACCAAGGAUGAAACUUUUGAAGUGUUCGUUGCUUUUGUCAAAAAGAUCCAAGUGAAUAUGGGUAAUAAGGUAGCCUGCAUCAGUUCUGAUCAUAGGACAGAGUUUGACAAUGCCAAAUUUGAUGAGUUCUGUAUUGAAAAUGGAGAAGUUAUUGGCAUGGCAAAUGGAAAAGCAGACAUGAUAAGUCAUGUAAAGGAAUCCAGUGAAGAUGAUGCGAGUACACCUCCAUCUAUUGGAGAGGAACCUGGUCCCCUGAUCACACCAACUGAAGCUGAAAAUAGAGUUGUUGAUGCAGUCCAAGGUACUCCACUUGCUGAAGUAAGAAGCGCCCAAGAACUUCGGUCAGACAUACCUGGGUCCUCUGCCAAUGAGAUUCAGGCACCAAAUUGGAAGCACAAAAUCUCACAUCCUCUUGAUAGCAUAAUCACCCCUCUUGACUCAGGAAUUCAAACCAGAUCAAAAGCAAGAAACUCACUUGCCUUUUCAGCCUUUCUUUCCUAA